AGGUACCGAGAGAUUAAACACAGGAAGGCUCUGGGCGCGACCCGCGCUGGUCGCACGUACCCGCGCCCCAGCUCCUCGUCGCUCCGCCGCCCCGGCCCCGGCGCGGUGGUAGGACCCGGCGGCGACGUCACCCAUUGUUUACAAAUCAACCCGAGCCGGUAGGACUCCGGCUCCCGCGGCUGCAGGCGCGCGGCGCGACUACCCGGUGGGCUCCGGCUUCUGCGUCCGCCCGGCCCCGGCCUCGGCCCCGACCCCGGCCCGGCCUCAGCGUCGCGCCCCACCGAGCCCCGCGAGCAGCCGAGCCGCCAGCGACACCCGCAGAGCCCCGGGUGCCCGGGAGGGGGGCCAUGCCGUGCCGGAGGGAGGAGGAAGAGGAAGCCGGCGAGGAAGCGGAGGGGGAGGAAGAGGAGGAGGACGGCGGCUUUCUCUUGCUGGAGCAGUCGGUGACGCUGGGCGGCUCGUGCGAGGUGGACCGGCUGGUGGCCCAGAUCGGCGAGACGCUGCAGCUGGACGCGGCUCAGGAUAGCCCGGCCUCCCAGGGCGCGCCCUCGGUGCCGCCGCUGCGGCCCCCGCGACCCCCGGCGGCGGUGCGGGCGGACAAGGCCCGGACUCCUGCGUUGCCGCUGCUUGUGCCUCCCGCGCCGGCCGAGGCGGUGGGUCCGGCGCCCCCGGGAGCCCUGCGCUGCGCCCUGGGGGACCGCGGCCGCGUGCGGGGCCGGGCUGCGCCCUACUUUGUGGCUGAGCUCGCCCCAGGCCUCAGCGCCCUUCCCAGGCCGUGUCGGCGAGGAUGGCUGCGGGGCAACGUCACUUCGCGCCGCCUGCAGCAGCGACGAUGGCCCCCAGCCGGGGCGCGCGCCCGGGAUGACGACCCUCACCGGCUCCUACAGCAGCUAGUGCUCUCGGGGAACCUCAUAAAGGAGGCGGUGCGGAGGCUUCAGAGAGCCGUCGCCGCGGUUGCAGUCACGGGCCCCACGGGCGUCCCUGGACCCGGAGGCGGCCGCAGCGGACCGGAUUCCGUCGCCCUGCAGCCUUCUGGCACCUUGUACUGACCUGGGGGCCUUGGAAGAGGAAGAGGAGGUCUCUGCGCAUACUCAACAGCCUCCUGUCACCAUCCCUGAGCUGAAGCCGCCGUCGUGAUCGGGGAGCGACCGCCUAGGCUGCUGGGAGGCGCGUGCGGAGAGCUCCCAAGCGAGGGUACCAGCCCCGGUGAGGCUGCCGGAGAACACUUGAGCAUGGGGGAAAAUGCACGGGCCAAAGCUUGUCCGCGGCGCGUGAGAAUUAUCUCGGCCACCUCGGGGCCAAGGACCUGGGAUAAACUGGGAGAACUAUGGCAGCUACUUGCAUUGACUUGUACCUGAUUGAACCCUUGGGGGCGUCGUGUGCUUGGAUUAUUUAAAGAUAGGGCUCCAAGGGGCGAGAAUCGCGAGGGCUUUAUAACAAUACUUGAAAACUAAUGGCACGCAUACAUUUUCUUUAUUUUCCGGUGGAGGAGCUCGGUGAAAAUGGUGCUACAACUGCUGUGCAAAGAACUUCGGGAGGGAAAAAGAAAGUAAAACCGUGGUGGUUGGUGGGUUAGCAUCGCUCCCUCCUUUCCCCCACCCAACAGGUGUGGAGGCCGGAGAUGUGAACUUCAUUAAGGGGUCAGAGGAAAGUGGAGAAUUUUAAAUGACAACCUUGUCAGCUGUGGUUCAAAGUCAAGAUUUGCUGUACCUGAAAGGCUGUGGGGGUUCCUGGGAGAGCUACAGUAGUAUUUUCUUCAUUUUGCUUCAAGAAGAGCCCUGUCUGCUUUGCUACCUCUUGGAGUUUCCCAAGGAUGCACAGGCAGAUAGGGUCGUGUGGGGAGAUUUAUUUGUUUUUUUCUGUGCUUUCCAUAACUACUACUUUUCCUCUGCCCCUGAGGCCACUCUUGGUUGUGCCUUGAGCUUUCUCAGAAACAGCAGUAAACAAUCCCUUGAGUUUCUCCUGUUCUCCCAGCUGGCCUUUCUUAUUCCACCUCUUUGGUGUCUGCAUGGGAUUGGAUGAGCCCCCGGGGCUGUUUCUUAUGCUCUGUCCUGGCUCUCUGUGGAGCCAGGGCCCUGAGUCUCCAAGGAUCCUCACCUCUCACAGCUCUUCUUUGUGAAUGACUGGAAGCCGUGUUUAAAAUGUGAGUCUCGGAGAGGAGAAACCUCUGGCUUUACUUGUGAAAACUUGAUGGUGCUUUAAGGAAGGUGCCACCCUCAAACUUUAAGGUAGCUAAACCAAUUUUUUAAAAAAGAUUCAAUGGCUUGUUCAUCCUCCAGAUGUAGCUGUUGAUGUACACUUCGCACCGGAGUGUUUGAAAUUGUGGUGGUCCUGAUUUAUAGGAUUUCUUAAUUAAAAUGUCUGCUGAAUAAAUUCUGUUUUUGUUUUGGAGCAUAGUUUGGCUUUUUGGUGGAAGGUGGGGAAAAGAAAAGGAGGGUAACUUAAUAAUGAAGCAUGCACUUCGAGAGACCUAGGCAAAUGGUUGGAGCCAGUUUGCUCAGCAGAAUCCUGACAGAGCUGUAGGAUUUGAGUACUUCUGGGUUGAUGUUCUACAAGAUCAAACAAUUAAGUCCAGGUUUUUUAAAGCUACUAGAUGGGCUUCCACUCCUUUUGUGGAAUAAGAACAUAUUCCAGAAAUGUUUUCUAGACCAGAGGGCAGAAGCCAAGUGACCUGUUGUGUCUGGUGGGGGUGGAUGGAGGUGAGUUUUCCUCUGGAUUCUGUGUGUGUGAAGAAUGGGGAGGGCACAGGCAAAGCCAGCCUGAUUUCUCCUUUGAGACCCAAUCUUGAGCAGUGACCUAAGGAAAGGAAAAUGGCUUUACAGCAAUAUAUCCAUCAUUUGUAAACGGCUUGCUUUGAGCAGGCAUGGGUUAGAUUAACCAAAGUUACCCCUUAUUCAGUCCUCAGCCCCAUCUUACUCGGGUAUGGAACCUUGCUGAGCCCCUUCCUAUUUAGAAGCCUUUCUUGGUAUAGCCCAGCUCUGCUAACCAGCCCUCCUUGGGGACCUCUCCUGCUCAGCACCUCCUCCUCCCUUGCCUGCCCAGCACUCUCCCACUAUGGGGCUGUAGGGACUGCUAGUGACUCAGUUUGACUCAACCCUCCUGCUUACCAGCUGUGUCACAGUGGUCAGAUCAUGGUUCUGUGCUUUUCCCGUCUCUAGUCAAUAAUACUUAAUAGGGUAGUUGGGAGGGUUAAACAAGGACCUGAAGUGCCUGGAACACUUAAGUGCUCAAAAAAUGAUAGCUGCUAAUAAUUCUUGGCACCACCACUGUCCCCUCUUUCAAGGAGCCCUGGGAGUGAGGCAAGGUUUGACAUCUUGUGGAAGAACCGACAAGCAGCUUUGGGGCCAUAAGAUUGCAUAAGGGAGGCACAGACAACAAGUGGUUUAUGGCUGCUGCUUUUAGAAGCUUGAAUUGUCUGUAAGAUGAGGGCAUGGGGCCAAGAUGGUGAGGUCUUGCCCUGUGCAGAUUUCCGGUGGGUCUGCACCAUGGCCAGAACAGCCCUGAGGAAUGAAGCAUGGUGACCGCAGACAAGGAGAGAAAAUCUACAGGACCUGAGAAGCAAGGUGGAGGGAGGAGGGAAAGGGAACUGAGCCCUGCAUAUGGGCAGGCACUCUGGUAGGCACCUUUUAUAAGAUGUUACUUCCCUCUUUACAAUGGGAAGAGGAAGGACUUGGUGGUGGUAGAGCCAGAUCUGACCUCAUCUUAAGUCAAUCCUCUUGCCUUCUGUCCGAGUUUACUCAAACCUUUCCUCAUGAACCUCAGCCUCUGCCACUGAUCCAGUUAUUUGCAAAGGUUGUAGAGAGCCUGGGCCUGGGAAAGCUGCUCAAGGAAGCAAUGGCCAUUUCCACCACACACGUGAUGUGGUGGAGACCAUUUCUACUACUCGGCCCAGGAAUGAUUGUUGCUGGGAUAUCUUCAGUCCCUUGGAGUUGUUGGGCACAGAAUCAAGGGUGUAGGAGCAGGCAGCAUUGAGAAAACUGUCUUCUAAAGGGGCCAAGGCCUAGGUUUCCCUGGUAACAUUCUCCAAGUCUUAAGCCCAGAAGGAUCAGAACAAUAGGGAAGUGGCAAGGAGAAGCUGGUUGUGUGAGUAUGUGUGUGUAUGUGUGUGUGUUGAGGGAGGCUGAUCAGAAGUUUCAUAUGGGAAGUUAUAGGGACAGCACUCUGCUGCCUCAUAAAUGACUAGGAGCUGGAGAGAGAUCAGAGCUCAAGAUAAAGAUUUGGCAGUUACUGCUAAGGGGUGGAUGGAGCCUGGGAGUUUCUGUCAGUUGGGAAGUAUUAAUAAUACUAGCUAAUGUACAUAGUGUUUACACAUGCCAGGCUUUGUUCUAAGCACUUUACAAAGACCAACUCAUCAAAUCUCUGUGGGAGGAAGAGUAAAUAAAAGGAGCAGAGAGAAAGUAAGAGUAGAACCAAGAGAAAAGCCCAAGGAGGCUGAAGGGCGAGUAAGAGAUUAGUGGGUAUGUGAGUGUGUCUACACACGUGCCCAGGUACCCACAUAUGAACAGCUGGACCAGUGUUAUCUCUGCAUAAUCCUCUGUCAUCAGGUCCAGGGUAUAUGGAAUCUGAUCUUGCUCAGUGACUUUCACUAUCUUUUUUGAACCCUGAAGUUAAUCCAAUUUCACUUCAUCAGCACCAUUAAAUAGUGUAUUUUGAACAUCUGCACUGUGAGUUCUUCCCCUCCGUAGCCCAGCUGAAGAAAAGUCUAUUUGUGGUACAUCUGGAGAAAGGUGACUAUGACUCCUGCGUCUGGGGAAGACCUUCAAGAAAGCCUAGGAAACCAUUUUUUCACCUAUGUUAGGCUGUGGAAUCUGAUUUAGACA